AGGGAUGUUAGUGGGGAUGCGCAUGCGCGCUGACGUCUACCGUUUCCGCCUUCCUGUACCUGACUGAGCUAGAGUCCAGAUGUACCACAACCUUUGCGAAUGAUAGUUUUUGAUCCAAAAGGAAAAAAAUCGAGUGUCUUUUAUGAGUAAUCAAAGGCAACAGAAGCCUACGCUAACAGGCCAUCGUUUCAAAACUCGAAAAAGAGAUGAAAAAGAGAGGUUUGACCCAUCCCAGUUUCAGGAAAGCAUUGUGCAAGGUCUAGAUCAAAGUGGCCCUGAUCUGGAAGCUGUUGCCAGGUUCCUCGAUGCCUCUGGUGCCAAGCUCGACUACAGACGCUAUGCUGAGACUCUGUUCGACAUCCUGGUGGCAGGAGGAAUGCUGGCCCCAGGGGGAACUCUGUCAGAAGAUGUGAUCUGCACAGAAUACUGUGUCUUCAAGGCACAAGAGGACAUGGAGACCAUGCAGGCGUACGCACAGGUCUUUAACAAGCUCAUCCGGCGUUACAAAUACUUGGAAAAAGGAUUUGAAGAGGAAAUCAAAAAGCUGCUGCUGUUUCUCAAGGGCUUCACAGAGUCUGAACGCAACAAGCUGGCCAUGCUCACGGGGAUUCUGCUGGCCAACGGCAAUCUCUCUGCAUCCAUCCUCGGCAGCCUCUUCAACGAAAACCUGGUCAAAGAAGGUGUUUCCGCCUGCUUCGCCGUUAAACUCUUUAAAUCCUGGCUUUCGGAGAAGGACAUAAACUCAGUCGCUGGCAGUCUUCGGAAAGUUGGCAUGGACAACAGGCUUCUGGAACUGUUUCCAGCUAACAAGCGCAGCAGUGAGCACUUCUCCAAGUACUUCAAUGAUGCAGGGCUUAAGGAGCUUUCAGACUUCGCCAAAAACCAGCAGUCCAUAGGCGCACGCAAGGAGCUACAGAAAGAGAUUGAAGAUCAGAUGUCACGAGGGGACGCCCUCAAGGAUAUUAUCGCGUACACCCAAGAGGAAAUGAAGAAGAGCGGCAUCUCGGAGCAGACAAUGGUCGGACUGAUUUGGUCCAGCGUGAUGAGCUCCGUGGAGUGGAACAAGAAGGAGGAGCUGGUCGCAGAACAAGCCAUUAAACACUUGAAGCAAUACAGCCCGCUGUUGGAGGCUUUUACCUCCCAGGGAUCCUCUGAACUCACACUUCUGCUAAAGAUCCAGGAAUACUGCUAUGACAACAUCCACUUCAUGAAGGCCUUCCAGAAAAUCGUAGUUCUGCUCUACAAAGCGGAUGUCUUGAGCGAAGAGGCAGUUCUGAAGUGGUACACCAAACUCCAUUUGCCCAAAGGGAAGAGCGUCUUCCUGGACCAGAUGAAAACUUUUGUUGAAUGGCUCAAGAACGCGGAGGAAGAGUCCGAGUCUGAGGAAGAAGAGGCGGACUGAGGACGUCGAAUGACAAAUUCAGUGCAUCGUUUCAAUUUAACUUUACAUGAGAUGCUGUUUUUCAUAGAACCCCCCUUAUGUUUUUUUUUUUCUUCCUUUUUUAUUCUCUACCUCUGCAUAUCUUGUUCAACUGUCAUAGAAGGGCUUUAAUAUUCUUUGGACUUGCUUCCUCUAUAAAUCAAUACUUGUACUUCUCUUUAUAUUUCCUAAGGAACCGUUUUCAGUGCCAGACUGAGCUGAAUGGAUAGAAACUACUCUCUUCAGACAAUAUCUUUUGUUUUGUUUUGAAAGGCAGUUUCCUUCUAAAUUAGACAGUUUGACGAGAGAUUUCACAGCUGCUGUAUUUAGUCCUGGAGCUCUUAUUUGCCAGAGAUCCAUCUGUGUAGCCACGAUAUGCUGGUCGUGUAAAAGACAAACUGUUUUCUGACCUCAUUUUCGAUCUCCGAUGUGACAACCUUGAAUUUACUGCCGGUUUUUAGAUCCAGCCUCCGUUAUUGGCGAUGGAGCUGUGCCAUUUUACACAAUCAUGUUUAUGGUGGUAAUGUUGCCCCACUGAAUGUUUUAUUUUUAUUUUAUUUUUUUUGAAAAUCUUAUGGGAGUUUUAUAGGGUUUUCUCUUCUAUCAGAAAUUAAACAAAAUAAAUGAAUAAAUCAUC